CAGCGAACGAAAGCACAUACGACUAUAAGCUUCAGGAUUCAGUUAAAGAUGUGCAUCAAUUGGCAUCCAAUAUUUAUUUUUGCUUGUUUAAGUCAGUUGGGCGCAGCCCAAGAACCUUUAAUUUUCGAAACAUCUCGUAGCCCAUGGAACAAUGCCGCCGCAACGACGUCAAUACCAAUUUCGCCCACCAGCGCAAACUUAGUUUUGGUUAACAAUGUAAGAAUACCAGGAGGUCUUACACCAUUUGUACCAGCACCGGCCCCAACCAAGGAAUUUCUGAACUGCUUUGGUAACUGUCCCACCACAUCGCAAUACAAUCCCAUUUGCGGCAGCAAUAUGCAGCUUUAUAUGAACGAGGAAAAAUUUAAUUGUGCUCGUUUCUGUGGAGCUGACAUUCAAAUAGUUCGAAGAGGUUCUUGUGAGGGUCUUUUUGCGAUGACGCGAGGUUGAUAUGCAACAACCAGCUAUUUAAUGUAAUAGAUUAAUAUACUCCAACUAAGAUAUUUUCAGUUUAAAUAUUAUUAUGGCACAGAGAUAAGACGCCACGCAGUACAUAACAACGCAAAAUAAUAUAAAUAAAAUAAAUACAUACUAAUGCAAAAC